AUGGCAGAUUUCUCACUCCCUAAGGAUUCUUAUUUUCUUGGAUUUGACAGCUCUACUCAGUCUCUGAAGGCAACUGUUCUAGACUCCAAUCUCAAUAUUUUAACUACAGAGCUUGUCCAAUUUGACACUGAUUUGCCCCAUUACAAAACCAAAGAUGGAGUUUACCGAGACCCCUCAGUUAAUGGUAGAAUUGUUUCACCCACCUUGAUGUGGGUGGAAGCUCUAGAUCUCGUACUUAAUAAACUCGCCAACUCAAAUUUGGAUAUUGGGAAAAUUGCUGCUGUUUCUGGCAGUGGACAGCAACACGGUAGUGUCUAUUGGAAGAAGGGCAGUUCUUCAAUAUUAUCAACAUUGGACCCUAAGAAGGCAUUAGUGGAUCAGUUUAAUGAUGCCUUUUCUGUAAAUGAAUCUCCGGUAUGGAUGGACAGCAGCACCAUAGCACAAUGUAGAGAGUUAGAGAAGGCUGUUGGUGGAGCAUUAGAGUUAUCCCAACUUACAGGUUCACGUGGUUAUGAAAGAUUCACAGGCCCACAGAUUAAGAAGAUAUUCGAGACACAUCCCGAAGCUUACGACAACACUGAGAGGAUCUCCCUUGUUAGUUCUUUUAUGGCGUCUCUUCUCAUAGGGGAAUAUGCUUGUAUUGAUGAAUCUGACGGUGCAGGGAUGAACUUGAUGGAUUUAAAGAAAAAGGCCUGGUCUAAUAUACUUUUAGAGGCCACUGCCCCUGGUCUGGAGGGAAAACUUGGAAAGAUAUCCCCUGCCCAUGCUGUUGCUGGCCACAUUGCUUCCUAUUUUGUGGACAGAUUUCGCUUCAACAAGAAUUGUUUGGUUAUUCAGUGGUCAGGAGACAACCCCAACAGUGUGGCAGGUUUAACCCUAAGUACCCCAGGGGAUCUAGCAAUCAGUCUUGGCACAAGUGACACUGUCAUUGGGAUUACUGAUGAUCCUCAACCUAGAUUGGAAGGACAUGUUUUCCCUAAUCCUGUUGACACAAAAGGGUACAUGGUAAUGUUGUGCUACAAGAAUGGGUCUCUAACUCGUGAAGAUGUUCGCAAUCGCUAUACGGAAAGCAGUUGGGAAAAAUUCGCUCAACAGCUUUCGUCUACAUUACCUCUAAAUGGUGGAAAGUUGGGUUUCUACUACAAGGAGCAUGAAAUUCUUCCCCCACUGCCAGUUGGUUUUCACCGCUAUGUUCUUGAAAAUUUUAACGGUGAAACUUUGGAGGGCGUGAAUGAACGUGAAGUGGAGAAGGAAUUUGAUGGUGCUUCUGAGGUCCGGGCAGUAAUAGAGGGCCCGUUUGUGUCAAUGCGAGGUCAUGCAGAAAGAUUUGGAAUGCCUUCUCCUCCAAAACGAUUAAUAGCCACAGGGGGUGCGUCAGUAAAUCACUCCAUCCUGGGCAUAGCAGCUUGUGUUUUUGGAUGUGAGGUCUACACAGUUGAAAGACCAGAUUCAGCUUCUCUAGGAGCUGCAUUGAGGGCUGCUCAUGGUUGGCUAUGCCACAACGAAGGAAGUUUUGUGCCCUUCAAAUGCUUGUAUGAGAAGAAGCUAGGGAAUACAUCUCUUAAGAGCAAACUUGUAGCAACUCCAGAUACACAUCUAGUUCCGAAGUACGGGUUGAUGGUGAAGAAGAGACUUGAAAUAGAGAACCGCCUAGUUGAAAAAUUAGGACGUCUCUAA